CACAAAAGGCCUCGUUCCUAAUAAAAACAAUAGCCGGAGAUCGCUUUCUGAAAAGCUUGAAUAAUAAAGCUUUAAAGCAGGGUAAAGAAACAUUUUUUGUUGAGGAAGUGCUAAUAUUGAAGUCUACCGUCUUAAGAGCUUUCAGUAUGUCAAAGCGGGUAGCGACACAUGCAGGAACUUGGUACAAUGCAGAUAAAUCAACUCUGGAUUCACAACUAGAGGCUUGGCUUUCAAAAGCAGCAAAAGAAGCUGGUCUUGCUAGGGCUAUUAUUUCACCGCACGCUGGUUACUCUUAUUGUGGCUCCUGCGCAGCACAUGCAUAUAAGCAAAUAGAUCCUGGCAACAUAAAACGAGUCUUUAUUCUGGGUCCUUCCCAUCACUAUGGAUUACCUGGCUGUGCACUUACCAAAAUGGCAGUUUACCAGACACCACUCUACGAUUUGAAAAUAGAUACGGAAGUGAACAAUGAGCUUUUCGGAACCGGAAAGUUUGAUAACAUGGAUUUGAAAACGGAUGAGAAUGAACACAGUAUAGAGAUGCAGUUGCCGUAUAUUGCCAAAGUAAUGGAGAGAUAUCGUGGCUCUUUUACAGUAAUACCCGUCUUAGUUGGAAGUACAAACAAACAUAGGGAAGCUGUAUAUGGAGAAAUAUUCAGUAACUAUAUUCUGCAACCUGAGAAUUUCUUCGUAAUUUCGUCUGAUUUUUGCCAUUGGGGCAAAAGAUUUAGAUACACCUAUGUUGAUAAGUCGUUCGGGAAGAUUCAUCAGUCGAUCGAAGCUUUAGAUAGAAUGGGAAUGGAUCUCAUUGAAAGAUUGGAUGUAGAUGGCUUUCACGAAUAUCUGAAGAAAUUCUCCAAUACUAUCUGUGGCAGACACCCAAUUGGGAUCUUUCUCAACGCCUUGGAAAUCGCUAAGAAAAAACAGCCAAAUUUGGAGCCCAAGUUCAAAUUUCAUGCAUAUUCGCAGUCUGGAUCCUGCGUUGACAUGGACGACAGCUCUGUUAGCUACGCUGCAGGGGCAUUGACACUCUAAAUUAUGAUUAUUGUUAUGUUAACAUUGCUAGUAUUUUGACCUUUUAGACCCUUUAGAAAUCAAAUGAUGCCAUGCCUCAGUGUAUACAUUUUUUACCCCACUUCAAAAAUCAAGUCUGUUCUUACUUAUCUUACUCGUCGCAAGAACCAGAAUUAUAAAUGACCCUGCGCUUUUAAGUCCUCCUUUUCUUAUAAGUGUGCGAAGGAGAGGCCACGAUAGCAGGCUGCUCGACGGACUCCGGAGGAAACCUUGCGGCGAAAAAACAAUAUAAUAGUAGUGUAUAAGGAACACCGCAAUGCGACGAGAAUGAACAACAACAAACACACAUAAAUCAGUUAUGGCUAAUAUUUCGCCCCGGCAUACGGGGCUUCAUCAGAGCAAAAAACUAUCUUUUACUUUUCUAAUAAGCCUGAUAUAUCUUUUAUCUUAUAUAAAAUUUGUUUCAUUCGUCUUUUACGGCACCCUGAGUUUAUUGAUUCUAAGAAAUUUUGAAGAGAUGAUAAA